GUGUCUCCCUCAUGGGCUAAGUUAUAUGUUCAUUUUUAGUGCUGAGCUAGGCCUGGCCCAUAGUUGGAGCUCAGGAAGUCGCUGACUGGAUAAAUGAGAGGAAGUAACUGCACAGAGAUUAUUCAAAAUCCUUAACCAGGGGUUAAGAGGUCAGACAAUGAUCAAUCUAGAACACAGACUCGCUUGAAUGUAGGGGUGGGGUUCUGGGAGCCCCUGGCUGUGUCAGGUGACCCCCUUUGGCUCCUGGACUGUGGGAGAGUGGGGAAGUGGUGUCCCAGGCAAUCACUAGGAGCUGGACUAUUAACACACCAAUAUUCUAAUACCUGCUACAACUGAACAGUGUUUCUGGCUGAACAUCAGCUCUGGGCAUCUGAAAAUCAGAGAGGUAGAGCUUCCUGUUGUAAGAUGCAUAGCCUAUAUCCUCCCCUUGUCCUUCCCUACUGCACUGUGCUGUCUCUCCACCCUCUGGAGCAAGCAAUCACAGCCACUCCUCACCCCCGCUUCCUCAGACAGCUGCUGUGAUUUGAAUAACCAAACAGGCUGUUGGAUGUCCGGUUGGUAACUGAUUUGCCUGGCAAACAGACCCUCAGGUCCUUAGCCCUGCUACUUUAAGAGGACAGCCUCCCUGCAGUCUUUCCUUUUUCCCACUCCCAGGAGCUAAGCUUCAAUCUUGCCCUUGCUUGGUGUUCUCGGGGGUCCUAGCGCUUGGCCGCCCCUGGUGGCUGGAGAGUGCCCUCAGGAACCUGGUGUAGGAGAAGGGGGAGGAAUGGUGGGUCCCGAGGCAAAGGUAACUGGAGCCAGCUAAGUCGGCUCCCUGGGCUGGUCACAAAAUUUGCAUGGAGAGAAUGAGUCUCCUCCAGGGCUCCCCCCUCCCUCCCUCCCUUCCCCCUCCAGUCAUCCUGGGGCUGAGGUGUGACUGUAGGUGGAAGAAGCAGUCGUCUGUGUGGGGCCAUCUCACCAUUCCUGGAGGUGAUGCCCCGUGCCUUCCUGGUCAGGAGUCGGCAUCCACAGCCACCCAACUGGGGCCACCUGCCUGAUCAGCUCCAGGGAGAUGCCUAUGUCCCAGGUGGGCCCCUCACUGGGCCUGGAGGUGAGGGGGGUGAGACACAAAGCAUCACCGUCUGGCUUCUCUCCUCAGACUGCAGCAACCAGCAGGGCCCUCCAGCACACCAGUCUUCUGGCCUCGGAGACCCUUGGGUAGCGCCCAUGCAGGGCAGGCUGGCCUCCGCUCCCGGGGGCCUGGGGACACUUGGCUGCCUGCUCUGCCUCAAGGCCUUCCCUCUGCAGCGCAUGCUGACGCGACACCUCAAGUGCCACAGCCCCGCGCGCCGUCACGUGGGCCACUGUUGUGGUAAGGGCUUUCACGAUGCCUUCGACCUCAAGCACCACAUGAGGACUCACACCGGGAUCCGGCCAUUCCGCUGUGGAGCUUGCGGAAAAGCAUUUACACAGCGCUGCUCACUGGAAGCUCAUCUUGCCAAGGUGCACAGGCAGCCGGCCAGCUACGCUUAUCGUGAGCGCCGUGAGAAGCUGCAUGUGUGCGAGGACUGCGGCUUCACCUGCUCGAGGCCGGACGCCUACGUGCAGCACCGCGCCCUACAUCGCGCUGCUUGA